AAAUUUUUGCAAUUUUAGGUACAAUAAAAGGUGAAAUAUUUUGAAAAACUGAAAAAUUUUGACGUUUAAUGCAAUUUUAGACAAAAGACAAAAGAUUUUUUGUGUCAAUCUUUUGACAAUCUUGUGAGAACGUCUCCACAAAAGAUUUUUACAGGAGAAUUGUAAUUUUGCACAAAAUAAUUUAUACAUUACACAAGAAAUAUUUUGUGUUUUACAAGCAUCUCGUCGAGGUGCUUUUAUAAAAUCAAAAUCUUUUGUCAAACUGGUGUUUACGUAUUGCAUUUUUUAGAAGUUUUCUGUCAUGUUUCCCGAAAUAGCAAUGGACAAUAAUGCAAUUUCGGUUAAUUGUGAAGCUUCGUGCAAAGGAAAUUUGUGGAAUGAUAUGAAAUUCAGCCAAUUUAGCUGUGUCCAUUUUCCCUUUUCGCGGUGUUGGGCAAAAAUCGCAAAAAUGUUAUGGAAAAUUUCUGUGUCUUUCCGGCAAGAAUUUGGGAGAUCGCUGACAAGUUCUAACCCUAUAUAAUCAGGAUUUUGGGUCAGAGAUCCCUUCCCUAUGUUCCCGAUGCGAGUUUUUAUGUGCAAAAACGAAAUAUGUAGGGCUAAUUAAUGCAAUAAAUAUGAGUCAAUCAAUUCAUGUAAAACAAUCAUAUUAGAGUGACUCAUUAACAUUUUCUUGGUGUUAUGAAAAUCGAACUGAUGAGCUAAAAGCCAGAUGGUUUUUUGGUCUUCUAAACAUCCUUGGGGUACUUAAUAGACUACACACAUGCUUGACUUGAAUUUCCAUAAAAAUUGAUUCAGGUUCAGAUUGUUCAAUUGCCCCAAACGUAAACAUAACCUAAUAGGAAUGUUAUCUUCUUCUUAUUUUUUCCAUCUGUAAACUCUCCACUCGAAAGAAAAAACACGUCAUAAAAGGCGACAAAAUAUAUCAAAAGUCUCCCAAAAGAUAUUUUAUUCAAAAUUGCUCUUCAUAAAAUGUCUUUUGUAGACUUCACAAAAGACAAAAUAUAUUUUAUUUUGUCCAAAAUUGCUCCCUUAAUCUCAAUAAUGGUUUAUGAUGACGAUACAGCGUGUUACUCUACAAUGCCCCACCAAUAAUAAUUUCUAUUUCAUACCACACUUUCUAACUUAUUGGAAUUUUAUUUUCAUUAUAGUAUAAUGAGUAUAGGUACCUCUAUUGCUUUUACAGUCUAAUUAAGAUGAUACUCUAAAUAAUAGCGUGAUACAAUUUUUGUCUGCCUGCAUUUCUUCUAGGAAAUAAGAAAAAAACGGCAAUACGUAGGCGCCCUGAUCACAGUCAAUAUAAAGAAAGAUGCCCAUCAUUUGAAUUCAAUGUUCAUUGAAUAUCAGGGCUAUCUUUUUGCCUUUUAAUGAUUUGGCGGAAGGUUUUGAAAAAAAAAAAAAAUUGUGCCACAGGUACCACAUAUAUUGUAUAAUAAACUCAACGUAGCAUAAAAAAAUAUCUUGUAGAUAAAUCAUAAAUUAAGAAAAGAUAAAUUAUUGAAUGAAGUGAUGAAAUUACGAUGGAAACUAACCUUGUUUUUGUCUGUUUUUUCGAUAUCUGCUCAAAAGCAGGAAAUGGAAAUCACAUUUGAUUCUUCACUUGUUUAUUAUCAAUGAGCAUCUGUGCAUGUUCUUUUCUAAAAGACAGGAUUAAAAUUACUUUAGAAUAAUAAUAAUUUUCAAUGAAAAUCGAAUGUUUACAGAAGUGAUGCGCACGUGUUACUUGAAAUGUCAAAUUCUGUCAGACACGGUUUCUUCUUGUGCGUGUUGAAUCUCUAAAAAUUCUCUAAAAAAAAUGACUGAAGAAAAGCCAAGAUUGCAUUUGAGAGAAUACAAAGUAGAUCCUGAUGCAAAGGACUGUGGAUUUGAUGAUGAAUUCUGGAAUUUUGAAAAAUUUAAAAGUAAAUUUCACAUCAAUAUUGUGAGUUACAAACAUAUGGAUAUGGAAUUUGAUGUAAUUGGCGUUCAUCCGGCUAUAGUAAAUGCUUUCCGACGAAUAAUGCUGAGUGAAAUUCCCACGAUGGCAAUUGAAAAAGUUCUCAUUUACAAUAAUACAACCAUAAUUCAGGAUGAAGUCCUUGCUCAUCGUUUGGGAUUGAUACCCCUUCGUGCUGAUGCACGUCUUUUUGAAUACAAAACAGAUGACUCCGAAGAGGGAACUGAGAAUGACACGCUGGAAUUUGAGUUGAAAUUCAAGUAUACGCGGAAGGGGAAAGAUGGGCACAAAGAUGCCCAGACGGAGAAUUAUGUGAAGAACACAAGCGUCUAUUCGAACCACAUAAAGUGGCUUCCCAAGGGACGGCAGGUCUCUCUAUACAAGGAAAUUGACAUUGGACCCAUUCACGAUGAUAUUCUCAUUGCUCGGAUGCGACCUGGGCAUGAGCUAGAUCUAAAAUUGGUUGCUGUCAAGGGAAUUGGUCAAGAUCAUGCGAAGUUUUCACCCGUAGCUACAGCUUACUACAGAUUGCUACCGGAGAUCAAGCUUAAUCGCACUGUGAGUGGGUGUGAUGCUCGAUUACUUAAGCAAUGCUUCUCUCCAGGAGUGAUUGAAAUCGACGAACAACAGAAAGCCUACGUAAAGAAUGCCCGUUACGAUUCCAAUAGCCGCAAUGUCUUUAGAUAUCCCCAUUUGAGCGAUGCCGUAUCAAUGUCUCGUGUCCAAAAUCACUUCAUCUUUAACAUUGAAUCCGUUGGAUCGCUUAAACCGGACGAAAUCUUCGUGGAAGCCGUUAAAUGUCUCAAGAAAAAAUGCCGUAUGUUUUUAGAUGAGAUAUCAGAGGAUAAAUAAUAUUGCAAUUCAGAUCUAUUAAAAUGCUAUAAAAUCA